AUGGCAUCUCAGGAGUUUGUUGAUUUUCUAAGGGGGAGAAAACCCAGUAAAAAACUCUUGUCCGAGUUGAACAAUGUAUUGCUGUCUGUGGGAGCGGUUCUCGAAGAUGCCGAGGACAAACAAGUUACUAAUUCUAGUGUGAAAAAGUGGCUUGAUGAGCUGAAGGAUGCUGUCUAUGAUGCAGAGGACGUCUUGGAUAAGAUUGCUACAAAAGCCUUACAAUCCAAAUUAGAUGCUGAAUUUGGAACCAAUAUUUCAAGUAAGGUACGAAACUCCAUCCACACUUCUCUUUUUUUUAAGAAGAUAGAAGAAAGGAUAAAAGGGGUACAUGAGAGAUUAAAAGAUCUAGUAGGUCAACAGUAUGUCCUGGGUCUAGUACAAGCUAGUACCAUCACAAAGAAAGCAUCUGAAAGAUUGCCCACUACUUCUUUGGUACAAGAUUCAGACAUUGGUGGUAGAAAUGAUGAUAAGGAUGAAAUAAUUAAUAAGUUACUUCAUGAUGAUGCUAGUGACAAUGAGAUAGGUGUGAUUGCCAUAGUAGGCAUGGGGGGAAUGGGCAAGACCACCCUUGCUCGGCUUGUAUACAAUGACAAAACGGUCCAAAAGCAUUUUCAGCCUGUAGCAUGGGUUUGUGUUUCAGAAGACUUUGAUAUGUUUAAUGUAACGAAAACAAUUCUGGAAGCAGUAACUUCUUCAACCAGUGAUAUUAAAGAUCUAAAUCGGCUUCAACUUCAACUAAAGGAUAAAUUGAUGGGAAAGAAAUUCCUAAUCGUCUUGGAUGAUGUUUGGAAUAGGAAUUACACUGAAUGUGAGAUAUUAAGCAACCCCUUUAAAUCUGGGGCACAAGGAAGUAGGAUCAUCGUAACAACGCGCGAUGUUGGUGUUGCAUCAGCCAUGCGUGCUUUUGAAAUCCAUCAUCUAAAGGAGUUACAAGAGGAGGAUUGUUGGAAACUAUUUGCAAGACAUGCAUGUCUGCAUGAUGCUAACUCCUACAUGCAUUCAGAGUUUGAAGAGUUAGGUCGACAAAUUGUUGAAAAAUGUAAAGGUCUACCUUUAGCAAUAAAAACAAUUGGGGCCCUCUUGCGAUCCAAAGUUGAUGUUAGUGACUGGAAUGAGGUUUUGAAUAGUGAGAUAUGGAGUUUGUCAAAUGAAAUUCUUCCUGCUCUAAGAUUAAGCUAUAAACACCUUCCCUCAUUUAUAAAACGGUGUUUUGCUUACUGUUCAAUAUUUCCAAAAGACCAUCCCAUCAAGAAAGAUGAAUUAGUUUUAUUAUGGAUGGCAGAAGGUUUUCUCCACGAAAUUGAAAACAAAACAAUGGAAGCAGUUGGUAAUGAUUACUUUGACACUCUUGUAUCAAGAUCAUUAUUUCAGAAGUCGAAUAAAGGUGAACUAUGUUUUGUGAUGCAUGAUCUCAUCAAUGACUUGGCAAAAUUUGUGUCUGGUGAAUUUACAUUUAGGUUGGGGGUUGAUACCCCUUCUCAUCUAAAUGUUAACAAGACUCGUCACGUGUCAUAUGCUAGGGGUUUUUUGGAGAACUUAAAGAAGUUAGAGGCUUUUCAAGAAGCUACGCAAUUGCGUACAUUUUUGGCAUUACAAUCGCCAGUAUAUUGUUACUCCACAAAUAAAAAGUUGUUGCGUGAUUCAUUGCCAAUGUUAAGUUGUUUGCGGGUGCUCAACCUAUCUAACUACAACAAGAUGUGCGAGUUGCCUGAAUCAAUUGGAAAAAUUACACAGUUACGUUAUUUGGACAUUUCUAGUACGGCAAUUAGAAGGUUGCCUGAUUCUUUAUGUAAGUUGUACAAUUUGCAAACAUUGAGGUUAUCUGGUUGUGGAGAUAUUGAAACAUUGCCAAGAGACAUGCAAAAACUCGUUAAUUUACACCAUCUUGAUUUGACUGAUACUCCCCGCAGAAUGAAGAUGCCGAUGCAUAUGGGCAAACUAAAAUUUCUCCAGACAUUAACCAAAUUUGUCGUUAGCAAACGCACUGGAUGUAGCAUUAGAGAAUUGGGAAAGCUUGCAAAUCUUCGAGGAACACUUUCUAUCUUGGAUCUUGAAAAUGUUGAAUCUUUCAAAGAUGCAGAAGGUGCAUGCUUGAGGAAUAAAAUGGACCUUAAAGAGUUGGCAUUAAACUGGAAAGCAGGUUCAAAUACUGAGAUUUCAGAAAGUCAAAGAGAUGUACUCAACGGUCUGCAACCACAUAGAAACCUGAAAAGUCUCACUAUAAAGGACUACAUGGGUGGAAGUUUUCCUAAUUGGGUAGGGGAUCAUUCCUUCUCUAAUGUAAUGUCUAUUAAUUUGGAAAACUGUAAAUAUUGUUGCAGCUUACCAGCACUUGGGCAGCUACUCUCUUUACAAAACCUCACUAUUAUUGGUUUUGAUGGAAUUGUAGCAGUGGGUGAAGAGUUUUACGGUAGUACUGGUUCUUCUUCUAUUAAGCCGUUUGGGACAUUGAAAUUUUUAAAAUUUGAGCAGAUGUUGAAUUGGGAGAAAUGGUCUUCGUUUGGUGAUGAAAAUGAAGGAGGAGCUUUCCAUCGUCUCGAGAAGCUUUCUAUUCGGAGAUGCUCAAACCUAACGGGAGAUUUGCCCAUUCAUCUUCCUUCUUUGGGUAUCCUUGAGAUUAUAGACUGUCCGAAGAUGCUGGCUUCACUCCCAAGGGCUCCAGCUAUAUGUGAAUUGAAGCUGAGAAAUUGUAGGGAGGAUAUAUUAAGGGAACUGCCAAUUCAUGUUACGAAGGAGCUCACAAUUGAAGGAUUUGAUGCAGCGGAUAUGGGUGACUUUUUCUCGCAUAUGUCUCUUCCAGUGGGUGGUCUAACCUCUACAAUAAAAACUCUUGAAAUAAACAAUUGCAAGAAGUUAGGGCUCCCAAUAAACUUGGACUAUUCAUGCCUUGAAGUUUUGAGAUUGUUCGAUUGCGAUUCUCUCCGGUCCAUUCCAAUGGAUUUAUUCCCAAAUGUUAAGGAUCUGGAAAUCCAAAGGAGGAUUGCACGCCACCAACCUUGGAUUCUUAAAGAUCGGAAAUUGUGA